AUGGAUAGCUACGGUUACAACACUUUCCCCGAGUCCGGCGACUCCUCCUCUCGCUCCGCCGAGAUCGACUCAGAAACCGCCCCUCCCUGGGACGACUCUGCCCAGCUCCAGAACCAGAACUACAAGGUUAAGUUCCUGUCCAGCUACGGCGGAAAGAUCCACCCUCGUCCUCACGACAACCUCCUUUCUUAUGUCGGCGGCGAGACUAAGAUCUUCGCCGUUGACCGCUCUAUUAAGUUUGCCUCCAUGAUCGCUAAGCUUUCGUCUCUCUGUGACUCUGACGUUACCUUCAAGUAUCAGCUCCCCGGCGAGGAUCUGGACGCGUUGAUUUCGGUUUCGAAUGAUGAUGAUCUCGAGCACAUGAUGCACGAGUACGAUCGUCUCUGUCGGGCGCCCGGGAAGCCCGCUCGGAUGCGGCUAUUUCUGUUUCCGGUUAAUCAGAGCCCUAGCUUUGGGUCCGAUGGAGGUAGGUCCGAUCGGGAGCGAUUUGUGGAGGUUUUUAGUUCUGGUUCGAGCCGUGGAGGCGAAGCGCCUAAGCAAUCUGUUCCAAAUAAGGUGGAAUUUCUGUUUGGUUUGGAUAAGAGUGGAAUCGCGCCUCCUCCUCCGCCGCCUGUGGCGUUGAAAUUGCACGAUCCGGUGCCGGAGGUGGUUUCUCCGCCGAUUGAAUCUGUUGCUAGACCUGUUCCGGGAGAUCGAAUCACGGUAUCGGAUCCUGCCGUUCAUCCGGCCGAGAUUCAGAGGCAAUUGCAGGAAUUACAGAGGUUGCAUAUCAGCGAACAGGAGGAAGCCGCGGCGUAUCGAAGGAGAGACUACGGCGGUAAUUUCCACGCGCCGCCGGGAUUCCAGAACCCAGCCUCAUACUGGCCUGAAAAGCAGGUUUCCGGCGGACCGGACAAUCCGCCGGUCUACAUGAUUCACGCUCCCGGUGCGGUUUAUCACUCGCCUCAACAUCCGAUGGCUCGACCGGUAACCUCUCCGCCGGCAAAUCAAGGCUACUACGCCGUACAGCGUAUGUCCUCGAAUAUUUACCGCGAGCAACCGGUUUACAAUGUCGUACAGCCUCCACAGCCGCCGUAUCCAACCACUUCAUCACCGUCUAUGCCACAACAACCUUCAAAGGUCGCUGCCUAUCCCAGUGGGGGUUCGACUCUGGCGCCAGACACAGGAAGACCGUACACCCAGGUGGCCUACGACAGCACCACCGGAAGACAAAUAUACUACACGGCCAGUGGAGCCGCCGUGGUAGCGCCACUGCCGCCGCCUUGCCAGGGGGUGUCAGCGCCCGUGAAUGGCGAUAUUAGAACAGGAGCAGUGGGGCAGGAUGGGAAGCCAAAGAUUUCGCAAGGUCUUGUUUGA